AAAGGAGGGAUUGGGUCCUGCAGGAGGAAAGGAGGGAUCCCUGAGGAUCCCUGGGGAGCCUCACCUUGGCUUCUCCCCCUGGACAGGCUUUCUGUGGCUGCCAGAGCCAUGCCAGCCACGCUGGCGUGACAGUAGCUGCAGCAGAUGGUGCCGUUGUCAUCGUUUUAUUUUCUAUCCAUGUGCUGAAACAGCUCAAAAUAACUUCAGAAAUGAUGGCCCAAUCCCUGAAGAAUGUUUUCCUGGCCCUGAGAAAAUCUCCUGCAAUAUAAGUGGCCACGAGGCUCUCCUGGUUCUGUCUCAUCUGCUCUGGCUGGGGUGGCUCACUAGGCUGGAGCUGUGGCAUGAAGAAUCUUUCAUAUUUAAUAUCUUCAUUACUGUGGCAGCAUUGAAUAUUCACAGAACUUCUGUCAGGGUGCAGGAAAUGUUGUCAGCGCUGUGAAAUCAAAGGAAGAGGAGCAGCUGAGAUCAAAGUACCUUUGCUGAGAGGUGGCAGAGCAGCCUCAGGACACCACCAUGAUGGAGGAUCACGCACCUGGCCAGGAAAAACAUUUCUCAUCAGGCUAUCCCCUUCAGAUACCAGUCGAUGAUGGAUCGGAUGAGCCUGUUUCUGAAACCUCUGACGCUAAGAGCACCCCAACUACGGAAGAUGCCACAGCACCUUUAGUGGAGGAAGGAGACCACGAGGAUCAGGGUGGUGUGGAACAGCACGGGGAGAUCCCAGAAGGAACCACAGCUGAAGAGGCGGGCGUGGGAGCCACUCCCAACCUGGAGGACCACGCUGCAGGAGAUGCCACUCAAGGCGAGCCGAGCUCUGCAAAGCUCCAGCCUGGCCCUCGGGAGCGUGGGGGAGAGGCAGUGAAAGGUGCCAGCCAGCCCCCAGAGCAGGGGCUGGGCCCUCAGCAGCCACCUGUGCCCCGUGAAGCCAAGGCUCCAGCAGCAGCUCCCACCAGGAUCGAGGUCACCAUCCCAAUCCCCCUGGACAUGUACCAAGGCUCCGGAGGCAGCAGGGAGCCCUGGGACCAGGCAGGCAGAGAAGGCAGCAGUGCAGAGCCAGAGAUGGGCCCUGCAGGAGCAGCAGGAGGCACAGGUGACCAAAAAGAUGGACCAUCAUCUCCUUUGUGUGCCAGAGCCACCAUCAAGGAAGGUUCUGGUGGACGGGAGAGGGAUGAGGAGCGGGAUGUUGGUGAAACUCCUGGGCAGGGUUUGCCUUCCCUCGUGGAUCAGCGUGUUCCUCUGGGGUCUGAAAAGGGCUCGUGUCCAGCAGCUGCCCAGGAGACUGGUGAAGAAUCUGCUGGAGAAAACAAGUCCAAAGGUGUCCUCAGAGACACCCCAGGGGAGGCACUUCUGGUUGAAGCUGAGUCACAUAAAGCAGGAGAGGACCAAGAGGAGAAGCGAGAGCUGCUGGGGGGAGAAGGAGCUGCAGACACCCCCCUGCCAGAGCCUUCUGGAAGUGUCUCCCAGAAACCCGAGGAGGGAGAAGAUUCUGGGCCCGUGCUAGAAACAGCCAAACUCCCUGCUGAGGUAGAAGAUGAUGUGAAGGAUGAAGAUGCUGCUUUGGGAGAGGCUGUGCCAGCCUCGGGGGGCCGCCGGCCGCCCAGGAGGAAGCCAGGUGGGCUGGCUGCAGACAAGGCCAGUCGUGUCCCUCUGCUCAAAGGUCGUGUUGACAAGGAAGGGACCGAAGCUGAUGAAAAGAAACCCAAGAAAUCCUCACCUUGCCCUGCCAAACCCCCUGGCUCCACUGCCCCCCUCCGGCACGCAGCCCCUCCGAAAGCACCCUGCAGCCCUGCCAGUGCCUCCAAAGCACCCUGCAGCCCUGCCAGUGCCUCCAAAGCACCCUGCAGCCCUGCCAGUGCCUCCAAAGCACCCUGCAGCCCUGCCAGUGCCUCCAAAGCACCCUGCAGCCCUGCCAGUGCCUCCCAACGAGCCUGUCCUGCCACCCCCCGGCCUGCCAGCACAGGAAUGCAGGAAACCAGAGCCAAGGGCCCGGAGGCGCGGGCUGGCUCCAAGACGGGCUCGGCGCGCGCGGGGCAGGCACAGAGGAACUCCACCAACGCCACCCGCAUCCCGGCCAAGACCCCCACGGCCCCCAAGACCCCUCCCAGCUCCGGCAGAAAGGAGCAGAAAAAGCCACCUCCUGCAGCAGCAAAGACUGAGAAAGGUGAGCAGCCCAAGUCUGGAGACAGAAGCGGUUACAGCAGUCCCGGCUCCCCCGGGACUCCAGGCAGCCGUUCCCGCACCCCCUCUCUGCCCACCCCACCAGCCAGGGAGCCCAAGAAGGUGGCAGUGGUUCGCACCCCCCCGAAAUCUCCCGCCUCCGCCAAGACCCGCGUGCAGCCGGCGGCCGCGCCCAUGCCCGACCUGAAAAACGUCAAGUCCAAAAUCGGCUCCACCGAUAACCUGAAGCACCAGCCCGGAGGUGGCAAGGUGCAGAUAAUUAAUAAGAAGCUGGACUUUAGCAGCGUUCAAUCCAAGUGUGGCUCAAAGGAUAAUAUCAAACACAUCCCGGGCGGAGGCAGUGUGCAGAUAAUUAAUAAGAAGCUGGACUUUAGCAGCGUUCAAUCCAGGUGUGGCUCAAAGGAUAAUAUCAAACACAUCCCGGGCGGAGGCAGUGUGCAAAUCGUUUACAAGCCAGUGGACCUGAGCCAUGUGACAUCCAAAUGUGGUUCCCUGGGCAACAUCCAUCACAAACCAGGUGGUGGCCAGGUGGAGGUGAAAUCUGAGAAACUGGACUUCAAAGAUAAGGUGCAGUCGAAAAUCGGGUCCCUAGAUAACAUCAGCCACGUCCCUGGAGGAGGCAAUAAAAAGAUUGAGACUCACAAGCUGACCUUCCGCGAGAACGCCAAAGCCAAGACCGACCACGGCGCCGAAAUCGUCUACAAGUCCCCCACCAUCUCCGGAGAUGCCUCCCCGCGCCGCCUUAGCAACGUCUCCUCCACCGGCAGCAUCAACCUGGUGGACUCCCCCCAGCUGGCCACGCUAGCCGACGAGGUCUCCGCCUCGCUGGCCAAGCAGGGCUUGUGAUCGCGGCGCGGCGGCCACCAGGAGAGAAGACAAGGAAAGGAAACGAAAAAAGAAAAGAAACAAAAAUAAUAAUCUGGCCUUCUUCCUCUGUUCCUUUUACAGCUGCUUCCCCGUCCCUAACUGGUUAAUGAUUUAACCUGCUUUUACUGUUCAUUCAGCUCUAGCUCCAGGACUUCAAAAUCAGUGACACUAUGAGGUACAAAACCUCCUCUCCCCCUGCUCCUCGGAGCGCACAGCCCGUCCCGUCCCGUCCCCGCGCUCCCCCUGCUCCUGCCCUCGCUGGCCCAGCCCUGCCCGGGGCCACCCGGCAAGGCGGGGAGGGGGCCCGAGGGGCGGCCACAGCACGACGCUGACCCGAGCACCCCGCACCAGCACAGGGCAGCGGGUGGCCCUCCCGGGAAGGGGCUGUGCCCUCGCCCAGCUCGUGUCCUGCCGCUGGCCGGGCUGGGUGCGCAGCCAGGGCCGCGGGGAGGUGCCCUCCCUCCUCCCCGCGUUAAAUUUGCCUGCCGAUUUGGAAGAAACCUUUUGUUUUUAUUUCCGAAAGCCGAGAUGUGUAUGAAGAUAACGGCCAGGUACCCCCUAACCCGCUCUCAGCUCCGGCAGCUGGAGUUCCGGCGAGGCCGGGUGCCCGCUCCGAGGGGCCCCGGGCGGCCGUUCCCCUCUCCGUGGCUGUGCUGGAACCGCUGAGUGGAUGAGUAGAGGCUUUCCCCCAUUCCUUUGGCAGCCCCUCGUGUCGUAGAGUAGAUUUGUCUGUAUAUGCUUGGACCGUGCCAGGGUGAUUGUUUUCAUAAACGAGCAUGUGUUUGAAAAAUAAAUGCUGUAAGUAGUUUUGAGCUGCCCCGCGCCGGCUCCGCCGCAGCCCAGCCGGGGGCCCGGGGAGCUCCGGUGCCGCAGGAGGAGCCCGGCACCGCAUGUCUGCCGGGGGGCCGGGCAGCGCCCCGGAGCUCGGAGGAGGGGCACCCACAGCUCCAGGGCUGGGAUGGCUCCUGGAUUUGGGUGCAGCUUGUGACAUUUUUGGGUUGUUCUUUUUCUUUCCCUGCAAGGUCAGCUCAGCGAUGGCGGAGGUGGCAGCUCCUUGGCUCUGCUGCGCCGGUGGCAGCGGUGAGACCCCGGCAGGACGCGGGGGAGGCGGCAGCAGCCCGGGGCCAGCGGCUGCUCCCUGGCAUUGAAGCCCCUUUCCGGGCGCUCCCCGGUGUGAGUUGGCAGCAUCUCACCCCUCACACAGCACUGACCACCCCAGCACCACUCGGGGACAGGAGCCAGUCGAGUUCUUGCUUUGGCUGCUCUUGUUCCUGUGGCUCCCUGGGGAGCACAAGUGGGUCCCGUGGCUGUCCCUGCCUGCCCCUUCCCUCCACAACCAAAGAGGCCGAGAUGCCACCAGUGCAGCUGUGUGUCCUCCUGCCCUGUCUCCCCCAGGGGCCCCAGCCGAGCUCUGGGGGUUCAGCUGGAGGUGGGAGGGCAGAGGGGGCCCGGUGGGGCUGCAGCCCCUGCACCCCCGGGCUGUGCUGCAGGGAAAGCCGUGCUUUCCCAACUAGGGCUGCAAUCCUGGUCCGACAGGGCUGGCUGGGGGUCAAGGCCCCUGGUUGUCCUUGGGGUGGUGGCUGGGUGCCACCGAGGCUGCCAGAGCAGCUGUUCCUGGGCAGAGCAGCAAUUCCUCCCUGGACAGGACCUGUGGGAGCUGUGAACCCCCUCUCGCCCCUGUCCCUCUGCAGGGCUGGGCUGCCGCAGGCCUGGCUGUGGAUGGAGAUGGUGUGGGGGGUCCAACCCUUCUCUCUGCAGCCUCAGGAGCUGCUUUAUUGCUGGGGAGAGGCUGGUCCAGCAGCACCAUCAUGUCCAGCUUGUCACUCGCUCCGUUCACUUGACUCCAUGAUUGUAAGACUCCGUGCUCCGUCCCUGACUCUGUAGCGCUGUAGGAGCCGCCGCGCUUUUUGUCCUUUGUAGAACGAGCAAGUUGGGAGAACCCUCAAAGCAUCACCUCCUUACCCCUUCUGGGCUGCAGGAUGGGGUAGCUGAGCUCGCCUGUCCUGUGCCACCCCUGUCCCCUCCGUGCAGCCCCUGAGGGACACCAGCACCCAGGGUGGGAUAGCCUCGGUGUGCACAGUGAGCAGCCCCUUCCUACUCUGAGUGUCCUCAGCCCUGGCUGUUGUCCCCCCCGGGGGCUGUGGGGUGCCAGGACAGCCCUUUACAGCCACCACGUCACCCGCUGUCCCCUCCAGCAGCCCGAGCCACGUCCCCUGCCCCAACCCUGCGUUCAGACCCAGGCCCGAGGGUCCGGUGAGCAGCCGGACAAAACCCGACCCCCGGCUUUUCCUUUACUCCACACACAUCUUGGGUCUGAAAAGGGUUAAAACCGGCACUGAUACACAAAAAAAAAAUCGUAUUUCUGCACUCCAAAAGAUUCUGCGUGUUAGCCAAGGUCGGUGCCAGCCUGUGUGGUGUUGGCAGCCCCGUGCCCCCCGCGCUGCGCCGGGGAGGGGAGGGAAGGUUUGAUCUCAGUGUAUCAUUCUAGCUUAGCUUCUGUCUGUGGGUGUCCAUAGUGUAUCGUGUGUUUAACAACUGGUUUACACUGUUGCCGUAAAAGUGAAUUUGGAAAUAAAGUCAUUACUACGAUAA